CCUUCAAUCUUCAUCCAUCUCUAUCUCUUUAAAUCGACUCUUACCUUGACCUCUAUCUCUCUCGACUCGACUAUCCUCUGCUCUACUCUUCUACUUCAACAUGACCUACAGAACCAACUACGAACCAUACACCACCCGUCCCCUCGAUACAACCAUGAACAUCAACACGGGCUUCGACACAGACUCCGAAAUGGAACGCACCUCCGAAGAAAUCCUCUACCCACUGGGCUCUCUCUACCCCCACGUCGUCGCCCUCCAACUCCAAGCCGACGAGAACCCCUGGUCCAGAUCCAAGAUCUACGCGGGCUACCACGAUUCCAACUACUGGUCGGACAUAUCGGUGCCGAACUCCCCUUCAUCGGAACAUUUCAACAAACCUAGCGACUCCACAGCUGGCCGGUUCGUUUCCAGAAUACGACGAUUCCUCAGCCGCGACGAUCUGAAACGACGCCAGCGGUCUUGAAUCUUUUGACCCUUGACUGAGACAUGGGUCUUUCGGAUACGUCUCUCACUGUACCAUUUUUCUUUCGUUUUCUUUCGUCUUUCUUCUUUGGAGUCUUUCGAACACUUCACUCCAUCAAUGUUUAAUGUCUAAGCCCGCCACACGCGAACAAUACCCCUGUUCUGUCAAGAUCUCUUUUCAUUUGUCUUUUCGUCUGACUCUGUCUGCAACGCAUCUUGCAAGCCUUCUCUCUUUGAGCCUUUCUUUUUGUCUUCUUUCAUCUCUUUCGUCUGUCUGUUCUGGGUUAGCGAGGAGUCAUCAUCAUCAUCAUCAUCAUUCAAGCAUCGGCGAACGAGCAUCCUGUACAUUUAUCUCGGUUGAUUUUACAUAUCUGCAUGGUUGGUUAGAUCGGACUAGCAUAUCAUACAUCAUAUCCUAAAUGGAGCA